GACAAAGAGAAACGGCUCUCUCUGCCUUUUGCUCUGUGUUUUUUUUUUUUUUUUUUUUCUUGCUUUUGAUUGAUUCAUCUCUAUUGUAAUUUCAUCGUCUGGCACCAAUCAUUGUCGGAGACAGAUAGAUAGGCCACACACCACAGCCCUUCUUCUCGCCCUCCAAUUCCUAGCCCUCGAUUUUGGCCCGUUUCUUGUUUUCAAUUCGAUUCAAUCUUUUAAUCUCUUCUUUUCUCUCUUCCCCAAUUAUUCUCUCUCUCUCUUUUUUUUUUCUGCUCAUUGUUGGUGUUACGGAUCUCUCUCUCUCUGCGUACUUACUGAGAGAGAGAGGGCUAAGCAAACGCCUAAAUACUUUCCGACUGAAUCUGCUGAUUUUCGCCGCCUUUCUCUGAUUCUUCUUUAACUGAACCGCUGCCGCCGCUUCACCAUUUCUGCUCAAUCGAUCUGCGUCGCGGAGUUCACUGCUUCUUCAAUCGACGCUUCACCGGGGAUAUCUUAGCUUGGUAUCCCAGGACCUAGUUUUGUUUUUUGUGUUUCUUUGAAAGAAAGAGAGAAAUGUGGUGGAUUAUGGGUGAAGGUGGAGGCCAUUACUGCUCCAAGAAAUCCGAUGAUAUCUGUGGCGAAGUUUGUGAUCAGGAAGCUAAUCGAGUUCUGGGCAUGUCUAGGCUUCGCUGCAUUUUUCGUGGAUAUGAUGUGAAAUCCUUUCUUAUUCUUUUUGCGUUGGUGCCGACGUGCAUCUUGAUCAUUUACCUCCAUGGACAAAAGAUCUCAUACUUCCUACGGCCAUUAUGGGAAUCCCCUCCAAAAGAAUUCAAUAUGAUCACUCACUACUAUGAUGAGAAUGUACCUAUGGAGAAUCUCUGCAAACUCCAUGGUUGGAAAGUCCGUGAGUUUCCUCGACGUGUUUACGAUGCCGUGCUGUUCAGUAAUGAGAUUGAGAUGCUUACCUUGCGAUGGAAAGAACUUUACCCUUACAUUACACAGUUUGUUCUCCUUGAGGCAAAUUCAACAUUUACUGGGAAGCCAAAAUCAUUAUACUUUGCUCGUAAUCGAGAUAAGUUCAAAUUUGUGGAGCCGAGAUUGACUUAUGGCACUGUCGGAGGGAGAUUUAAGAAAGGUGAAAAUCCGUUUGUCGAGGAGGCAUUUCAGCGAGUGGCACUUGAUCAGCUUCUCAAAAUUGCUGGUAUCUCUGAUGAUGACUUGUUGAUAAUGUCUGAUGUCGAUGAGAUUCCAAGCGGGCACACCAUUGAUCUCUUAAGAUGGUGUGAUGACAUACCGGAAGUUCUUCAUCUACAGCUUAGGAACUAUUUGUACUCGUUCGAGUUCCACGUUGACGACAAUAGCUGGAGGGCUGCAGUCCAUAGAUACAAAUCUGGUAAGACAAGGUACGCUCAUUAUCGACAAUCGGAUGACCUGUUGGCAGAUUCUGGGUGGCACUGUAGCUUCUGCUUCCGUCGUAUAAGCGACUUCAUCUUUAAGAUGAAAGCAUACAGCCAUAACGACAGAGUUAGGUUCUCUAGUUAUCUGAAUCCCAAAAGGAUUCAGAAGAUUAUCUGCAAGGGUGCUGACUUAUUUGACAUGCUUCCUGAGGAAUACACUUUCAAAGAAAUUAUUGGAAAAAUGGGACCGGUUCCUCAUUCCUUCUCAGCAGUUCACUUGCCAUCAUAUCUUCUGGAAAAUGCAGAACAUUACAAAUUCCUUUUGCCUGGGAAUUGCGUACGAGAGAGUGGCUAAUCUCUAGCUUUGAUAUCUACCUCCCUCUGAAGGUUAGUAGCUUGUCUGACACCCCGUGGACCUUCCCAUCCCGACAGUCGUUGACCGGUACAUGGCCAACCUUGGCGACCUUUGCCUCCAGAUAAGCUAAUGUUAAUUCUUUUGGAAGUUGAAACUGCUUGGACAGUUGAACUAAUUCCAUGGGUUGGAAGUUAUGUGUAGAUAUCUGUUUUCUUUGAGUGGUUUGGUUCAAGGAGUUUAUCUAUUCAUUGAGUGGGUGAACUUGCUGUCACCAAAGCAGCAAAUUAGACAACCCCCGUGCAUUGCCAUUGUAUUUGAGGCUCUUGUGCUUUCCUUCUUCCCCUUACUAGGAAAUUUUGUAUACACGACUACUAUUUAUAUCAUGUAUUCAUAUCUACCAGGUUUCUAGUUCUCGUUCUGAUAAAUUGCUUAUUGUUACGACUCGGAGCCUGUUCGAAAUGACUUUUCAAGC